GGCAGAAGUCUCCGCUGCUUGCUUCGAACGCAUGCUAGCGCUGCUGACGGGCUCGAGACUAUUCCACUAUUCUAAAUCCGACUGCCUAGUGUGGUGGACGCCUGUAGCAUUGCUUGAAGGGCAUCGUUUCAUCGGCCAUGCCUGCGAGUAAACGUCGCAAAAGGUAUCGAAACCUUCCGUACGGGCGAAGAUUUUCGAGACGUUUUUGUUUAGAAGAUUGGGAGCGGUCCCUUUACCUGUACGCUAACCCAGACGGGUGCCCGUACGACAACUCGGAUUACGAGCGAGCGCUGGAAGAGCGCGAGCUUCUCGAGUACGUCGACUCUGUCGGACCGAAACGGGCCAACGGCGCGUGGUUGCUGAAGCUCAAGACGACCGAGGCCAAGGAAACCGUGGCGAACAUUGGGGCCCUGCUCGUGAAAGGACUGUACUGCGCUAUCGUCGAUCCCUGCCAGGAGGAGACGUGCCUAAAAGUGCACGGUGUUCCGUUCCACGUGUCCAACGAAACUCUGCGGAAAACGUUUCGGCGUUUCGGCGCCGUUAAAGAAGUGAUUCGCGAGGCGUGUCCCGUGAAAGGGCUCGAAGAUGUCGAAUACACCACCCGGCACAUUAGCAUGCGCCUCAAGCCGACGGUCAAGAAGAAAGACGUGCCACUUUGGCGGAACAUUGGCGACGUGGCGGUUCAAGUUUUUGUCCCAGGGCGAAUGCCAGUAUGCCUAACGUGCGGUGGGCCUGGUCAUCGACGCCUGCUGUGCCCAUUGGAGCGAUCAUUCAGAGGCGGCAGAAAACGACCGUAUGACGACAAUGCAGUCUCGACUGACGAAAAAAGUGGUAACCUUGACAACGUCAGCAGGAGUGAUGACUAUGUUACCUCGCAGAACGUGGAAACAGUGUUGGAAAAUUUCUGUCAUCUCAGAAUUUCUGACGGUGGAAUUGGAGCGACGCCUUCGCAGCCUUGAACAUCAAGUAGGCAUUGACGACGCUGGAGCAACGGGUACGACAUCGCCAAUUCGUUUGGAACAUUCCGUUCGGAAUAACCUAAAUGGACGUUGGGGAACUUGGCAGCAGACGAAGCAGUUUCUGCUGCCACACAUUCAGUUCACGAAAUGAGUUUGUCGUGGUUAUGUGUGGAUUUUGUGGUCGACAGCGAGCCACGGACAGAUAAGAUGGUGAGGUCUCUCAUUGAUUAGUUCGAUGUUCGCGUCAGAGACACAUGCUGGGAGGGAGAGGUGGUACUUGCUUACGGUAUGUACUAGUAGUCUUGAUCAGUGCUUUGUUAGCUUUAUUUUUCUGGGGCGGGGUGGUUCGUGGCCUUGAAUUGGGGCUCAUGUGUGCGUGCGUGCCAACAAUGGUCAGCAAUUUAAAUUGUAAUUGACUUGCGAUGUUUACUGGUGAUUUUAUCACCGGAAAGGGUUGCGUCCCGUGCGUCUAGAUGUGCGGCAAAUUGUUGAGCAUGUUCUCUUUCUUCAAAAGGUCUGGUCCUUAUCUGUGCACUUUCAUUCAAGUCGUAUUAACUGAAGGGAGGUUGGAAUUUGAUGCCGUCUCGAGAAGUGCAAUAAGGUUUGUGUGUUAUAUUAAGUGUUUUGUUCUUGAAGUGUAUAACAGACAGGGCAGCGCGAAAAAACGCGGGCGAUGGGAUACGUAAACAGAACGGGCGCAGUUUUCUUUCCCAACUAGAUCUGAGAAAUGCAGGACAGGCGCGAUAUAAAUAUACGUAUGUCUGUCAUGUUGAACUCAAAAUGGCGGCACCCAUGAAGCGACAUCUGACCACGCCUAGGGAUAACUUUAAACGUUAAUAACUUAUUUAAUCUGCGAGAUUCAAGGAAAAUGACUAUAAGACAAGAUAGUCUGACGUUCGGAAAAUAAAGUGACUAAAUUUGACCGCUGAAUGAGGCUUAGUGCUGAAGAUUAAUUUAGAUUUCGAUUUUUACUGUAAACAAAUCCCCAAUGUGAUUCUGCCUUAUGGCCGCUUUCAAUCGCAAAAAUAUUAAUACCUACUGCAUUUGGCCUGAAAAUAUGGGUAUCGUUCGAAUGUACGUUGUCUGAGGAAUACGGUGAUACUAUACUUAUAUGCUAAUAACGUUUAUAAUGGCAGAUGAUAACAGAUUUUGAGCGGGGUUAUUCACUCAAUGAGAAUGGCCUCCUUUGUUUACAUUCGUGGGGUUGCUUUUUCUUCGAUCGUACCGAUUAUUCGAUGCUCCUUACUGCAAACUAUUGAUUGCUGUAGUUCCUGGGAUUCUACUUUGAUAGUUAUUACCGAUGUGAGCGGAUUUUGUAUGCGCUUCUUGUCUGUUUAUAUGGGAAUGAGGUGCAAAAUAAAUCGAUAAUAACUUU